GCUCAAUCAACCUCCCUCAACUAUCUUUUCAUACAGCAAACUUCCAAAUAUCGGUCUGAUGUUGCAGUCUUCUUUGUCUGAUAGAUCAGUAUGAGAGGAGCAAUGGGUACUUCCACAAGUGCUGUUGAGUCUCGACAUCGUUUGUCUGCAUCAAUUGAAGACGUAUACAAAAGAAGAUUUCCAAAGAGCAAAGCUAAGCCUUUACAUAUAUCCAUUCAAGAUAGAAGUUCAAGAUGCAAGUUUUCUCUGCUGAAACUUGUCCUCCUAGUUAUCGUAUCUGGAGCAUUUGUAAAACUCCUACACUCUCCAGACGUUUACAACAGCAAUGAUCUAGCACAUUCUGGUUCUAGGUCAAGUUUUGUGGACAGAUGGAUAUGGGGUGGUCAAGAUCCUCGUUAUCGAUCAAAUCUAGACAUUGAGUGGGAUGACAUUAUGAAAGUUCUGGAAAAGGUGACUGAGAAACAUGAAAAUUGGGGAAUCGGUCUUGUAAACUUCAAUAACCGUGAAAUCGAUCAUUGGAAGCAGCUUAUUCCUGAUGCCAAACACAUUGUUCUGCACAUGGACUACGCUGCAAAAAAUGUGACAUGGGCUUCCUUAUAUCCAGAAUGGAUUGAUGAGGAAGAAGAAACUGAAGUGCCCAUUUGCCCAUCUCUACCAAAGAUUGAUGCCACAGGAAUCCGACUUAAUCUUAUAACUGUUAAGCUUCCUUGUCGGAACGAGGGGAAUUGGUCCAGAGAUGUAGGUCGGCUGCACUUGCAGCUUGCAGCUGCUGAUCUAGCAGCCUCCUUCAAAGGCUUGUAUCCAGUGCAUUUGCUUUUCAUUACAAACUGCUUCCCUAUACCAAAUCUGUUUACUUGCAAGGAACUUGUUGCACGUCAAGGGAAUGCAUGGCUAUACAAACCAGGCCUGCAUGCACUAAGAGAAAAAGUCCAUCUCCCAGUAGGCUCUUGCGAACUUGCACUUCCUCUCAGGGGCAAUGAGCUGAUUUACUCAAGAAAUAUGCACCGAGAAGCAUAUGCAACGAUUCUACAUUCAGCUCAUGUUUAUGUUUGUGGAGCCAUUGCUGCUGCCCAGAGCAUCCGCAUGUCUGGCUCCACAAGAGACCUUGUCAUACUUGUGGAUGAAACGAUCAGUGCCUAUCACAGAAGUGGACUUGAAGCUGCAGGUUGGAAGAUCAAGACAAUCCAGAGGAUCAGGAACCCAAAAGCUGAGAAAGAUGCCUAUAACGAAUGGAAUUACAGCAAGUUCCGGUUAUGGCAGUUAACUGAUUAUGACAAGAUCAUUUUCAUCGAUGCUGAUUUGCUCAUACUCAGAAACAUUGAUUUCUUAUUUGGGAUGCCAGAAAUUUCUGCAACGGGGAACAAUGGCACACUCUUUAACUCCGGUGUCAUGGUUGUUGAGCCUUCAAACUGCACUUUCCAGCUUUUGAUGGAUCACAUCAAUGAGAUUGAGUCGUAUAAUGGGGGGGACCAAGGUUACUUGAAUGAGAUUUUCACAUGGUGGCAUAGGAUUCCAAAACACAUGAAUUUCUUGAAGCAUUUCUGGGUUGGUGACGAGGAAGAAGUUAAGGAGAUGAAAACUAAGCUCUUUGGCUCCGAGCCUCCAAUUCUCUAUGUCCUUCACUAUCUGGGAGUGAAGCCAUGGCUAUGCUUCCGUGAUUAUGAUUGUAAUUGGAAUGUUGAUAUAUUCCAAGAAUUUGCAAGUGACGUUGCACACGAAAGGUGGUGGAAAGUACAUGAUGCAAUGCCUGUGCUAUUGCAGCAGUUCUGCCUCUUGAGAUCAAAGCAAAAGGCGCAGCUUGAAUGGGACCGUAUGCAAGCCGAGAAAGCAAACUACACAGACGGGCAUUGGAACAUUAAAGUUAGAGAUCGACGUUUAAAGAAAUGCAUAGACAAUAUCUGCUCCUGGAAGAACAUGUUGAAGCACUGGGGUGAGACAAAUUGGACAGAUGACGCGUCUUUUACUCCAACACCGCCUGCAAUUUCUACUGCAUCUCUCCCUGUCGUGUGAAUCCUGGGCUCUCUUUUGGCCCGGAAACUUGUUCCUUCAGUUUCUAUUUCCUCACUGUUUUCAUGCCUUCGUUUUGUAGGUGACAUAGUAUCCAAAAAGGGGUUCAUUUUUUCCCCA